AUGAUAGCAUUCAUUCUCCUCUGCGGGGUCUUCACAGCAUAUUCGCGUCAUAUUUACAAGGAUGACUUCGCCCGAAAUAAAAUGAUGCCACUAAGUGCUGCAGCGUACUCAAGUGAUCCUAAACUUUGCGUUAAAACAAUUGAUCCGACUGCAGAAGAGGUUGAACAAGUGACUAGAAAAUGCGACGGCCAGAACACGUGUUCCGGCUAUGCUGCUGUACUUCCUAAAGAAAAAGCGAUCGUCAUAGGCUUUAGAUGGAAAGCUGAUGUGGGGUCUGUAGCAUCAUACUUUUGCAACGCAUUCAAUGAAGUUUGGGAAAAUGGACUGAAAGACAUUGUUUCAAAACUCAUAAAGGAAAAUAAAGAUAAAGACUACUAUAUUUGGAUUACCGGACAUUCGCUAGGAGGUGCAAUGGCGUCGUUAGCAGCUUCCUACAUUGUAGAACAUAAUAUGGCAAAGGGGGAUAAAAUAAAGCUGGUAACAUUUGGUCAACCAGAAACCGGUGAUACCAAAUUUGUGGAUCUUCUCAAGAAGCAGGUAGAAUAUUCUUACCGAGUUGUUCAUUAUCACGAUCCCGUUGUUGAAUUCCCUAUAUUACGUUACACCUAUCAGGAUACAGAGGUACUAAACAAGUACGGGAAAGUACCUACUACAAGCAGUAAUUUUCCACCCUCGUAUUUUUAA